AAGUGUCCUCACCCCGAUCUAAACUUUCACGAGUUAAAGCCGUUCCCCUCGUACCAUUGCUUCAAAUGGUAAUUAAUUCAGACCUAAGAUGAUAUGGAGUCUGAGGACGAAGUGGACGACGAGCUGCCGGAGCCAAGGGACACAGAGGUGAAUUGCAAUGACAAGCUAGAGAAGUUCGUUACGAUGAAAAUCUCGACGAAACCGAUGUCCUCGAAGACGGCCGAGAGAAGCGAGUGCCAGCUGGUGUGCUCGCCGAGCCUCGAGGAACCAGAAGCAUCGGAGAAGGAACCAGGCAGAAUGAGGGCGUGCACGCAAGAGAAAUCAAAAUUACCUUUAAGCCCGAGCAGCAAGACUGAGAUCAAGGAAGGCGACAUAGCCAGGCUAUGCAGGAGCAAGAGGAUCACCUGCCAGGAAACGAUACACGAGUACGAUGAAGAAGACGGACUGACUAUGGAGAAAGUUGGCAGGUACCUCGAGGCGCAUCCAGACGCGGCGGAGGCUUGGUUACGCGAGAACGCGAGCUUCGAGCUUCGCCAGAGGCUACAAGAUGUGACCAGCGUUCCCCAGACCAAGUCACCAGCCAGAGUUUCCCAUCAGGAGGAGAGCCUACUGACCAGAAGUAAACGCAACAGCGUCACGUCCGAUCUGUUUCAGUCGUGGCUGGCUUCUAGCUCGCCAGGGAAAAGAAGCAAGAGUCCCAAUAGGACAUCGUCGCUGGUGGGACGACGCGAAGAAUUGAACAUGCUAGACGAUAGUGAUCUGUUCAUGGAAUUGAUCAGGGAUGUGGCGAACGAGCUGGACAUUAACGUUCUAUGCCACAAGAUUCUGGUGAACGUUGGUCUGCUGACUCAUGCCGAUCGUGGGAGCUUGUUCUUGGCGAAAGGACCUCUCGAAGAUCGGUAUUUGGUCGCGAAGCUGUUCGAUGUAACGCAGGACACGGAACUGGAGGACGCUAUUCAGAAGGCGAAGAUCGAGGAGAUCAAGAUACCUUUUGGGAUUGGGAUCGCUGGUUACGUUGCUCAGACCAAGGAGAUUAUUAAUAUCAAGGACGCGUAUAAGGAUCCAAGAUUCAACAGCUCGAUCGACAUGAGAACAGGCUACAAAACUACCCUCAUUCUAUCGAUGCCGAUCUGCAACUACGAGGGUGACGUGAUAGGCGUUGCUCAGAUUAUUAACAAGACCAACGGCAGCAACGAAUUUACGGACAGGGAUGUCGAGGUGUUUCAAAGGUACCUAACGUUCUGCGGGAUCGGCAUACAGAACGCGCAACUGUUCGAGCUUUCGGUGCAGGAGUACAGACGUAAUCAGAUCCUUUUGAAUCUGGCAAGAAAUAUCUUCGAGGAGCAGAACAAUCUCGAGUGCCUCGUCACGAAGAUCAUGACCGAGGCGAAGGAGUUGCUCAAGUGCGAGAGAUGCGCCGUAUAUCUUCUGGAUCUCGAUUGCGGCGAGGCAGGCCACCUCGAGAAGAUCGUUGAACGACCAGGAAAAUCAAGUCAAGAGAGCAGAAAACCGCUGUCGAGGAGAGAGAGCAACAACAUCGAGAUGGAGGACAUUUUCCAACAGCACGCAUCAAACGAAAGCAACAAGUUCACAACAAUCUUCGAGAUGGACAACAAGAGCGAGGAGGCGAAGAUUUACAGGCCGAGCGGAAGCGAUCUGUCGAGCCCUUUGGGCCAGAUCGCUAGAUACGUGGCCUUCACUGGUCAAAUUCUUAACAUCGGGGAUGUAUCCACGUGGCUGAAGAAAGACGUGAUCCAAUCUGGAAACGAGCUCAUCAAGAGUAUUCUCUGCAUGCCCAUCGUCAACGGUCAGAGGACCGUGAUCGGUGUUGCCCAGCUGAUCAACAAGGAUAAUGGAUCAUCCUUCACCGACUCGGACGUGUCGAUCUUCGAGGCGUUCGCGAUCUUCUGCGGUCUUGGUAUCCACAACACUCAGAUGUACGAGUCCGCGUGCAAGCUGAUGGCCAAGCAAAAGGUCGCUCUCGAGUGUCUCAGCUAUCACGCGACCGCAAACAAUGACGACGCCGUUAAGCUGACCUCCGAGCCGAUACCGUCUGCGGAAACGUUCAAUCUGUACAGUUUCACGUUCAUCGACUUCGAGCUGACCGACGAGGACACCUGUCGGGCCACCAUAAGGAUGUUCAAGCAGUGCGACCUGAUUCAGAAAUUUCAUAUACCAUACGAGGUUCUUUGCCGGUGGAUUCUCAGCGUUAAGAAGAAUUACAGGCCGGUCAAGUAUCACAAUUGGAGGCACGCGUUGAACGUCGCCCAAACGAUGUUCGCGAUGCUGAAAACCGGCAAGAUGGAACAGUUCAUGACUGAUCUGGAGAUCCUUGGACUGCUUGUCGCCUGUCUGUGCCACGAUCUGGACCAUCGAGGGACAAACAACGCGUUCCAAACGAAGACCGAGUCUCCGUUGGCGAUCCUCUAUUCGACCAGCACUAUGGAGCAUCAUCAUUUCGAUCAGUGUGUGAUGAUCUUGAACUCGGACAGUAACAAUAUCUUCCAGAGCCUGUCGAUGGAGGAUUACAGGAAGGUGAUGAAGGUGGUGGAGAGUGCGAUCCUGUCCACGGAUCUGGCUGUGUACUUCAAAAAGAAGAAUCGAUUCAUGGAGCUGAUAGACGACGGGGAGUUCGACUGGCAGAGCGAGGAGAAGAAAGAACUGCUCUGUGGAAUGAUGAUGACCGCCUGCGACGUAAGUGCGAUCGCAAAGCCUUGGGAUGUGCAGCACCGUGUAGCCAAGAUGGUGGCCGACGAGUUCUUCGAUCAAGGGGACCUCGAACGUUUACAAUUGAACCAGCAACCGGUGGCAAUGAUGGAUCGCGAAAGGAAGGACGAGCUGCCCCAGAUGCAAGUGGGUUUCAUCGACGUGAUCUGUAUGCCCCUGUACAAGGUGAUGUCGGAAACCUUUCCCUGGAUCAUGCCCCUAUACGAGGGCACCAUGGAGAACAGAAGACACUGGCAGGACCUGGCCGAGAAGGUCGAGAUGGGGCUGACGUGGAUAGAUCGCGACACGAUCGACGAACCGGUGGAGGAGUUCGUUUCCUACGAACCCAAGGACAUCGAGUUCACCGUGACAACCCUGAAUUGCGCUCCCGCGGACAGGAAAGAGGUCUCUGAGAAGUCCACGCUGGGACGGUUCGCUUCAUUGAGGAAGGGUGGUCGUACACUGAGCAAAGGUGUUAGACAGAGGAUCAGUAGAUCCCUAUACGCGAGAAGCACGCCUGAGGACGCGGCGAAAUCGAAAGCGUUGAAUCCCGAACGAAAGAGCCGGAACAAACUGUGCUUGCUCAUUUGACGUCUCACGUCGACCACACUUGAGAGUCUUUGAAUGAGAUCGAGGCGAAUCAAUUUGCACGUCAAAAAAAUUCAAUGUCAAUUCUUCCGAACCCAGUAGGGUGGACGAACGGAGAAGAGGAUAUGACUGAUCCUCCUGCCUGUGGUGGUGUCGCGAGUCAUUUUACAUGGGGAAAUUGAAGGGACAUCAGUCCCUAGACGUGGCCAGGCCCUGGUCGACGGAGAUCGUGAAUUCGGAGGAAUCGACGAUAGUUACUACCCGCCCGGGUUGUGAACGAACGAGCGUACAGGAUAUCAAACACGAGCCUGGAAAAGGUGUUGCUCAUUGUUUAAGGAAGGAACAGUAGGGAAUACUUUCAUAGAGUUUAGUCGAUGGCUAGGAAUCUAGGUGU